AUGACCCCUCCAAAGACAAAAGGCUGUUUUCAGUGCUCGAGGCGUCGCAUCAUUUGCGAUCUAGGCCAGCCUCACUGCAGAAAAUGUAAACAAAAGGGACUCGAGUGCUCUGGUCUGGGUCGGAUUCGUUUCGUUCCCGGUGUCGCAUCCAGAGGAAAAUUCAAAAACUCCCGAAUACCGGCGAUUCAACAGGUGUCAGAGGAGCAGCAAAUACCAGCUCCAGCGCCCUGCAGUACCGUUGCGGGGCGCAGGGAAAUCCUACUCGCAGUGCGUCCAAGUCACUCCGACACUGGUGAAAAGGACCCCGAAUCCCCUUUGGCUCAAGAGGUGGAUCUAUUAUUCAGUUCGCCUAUAGCAGAACAAAGUCAAGGAGAUGAAACUGCUUCCAUUGCCAUUCUCCAAAAGGCAGCUCAACAAUUGUCGCAAGCCGUCUACCCAACCCCUCAAGCAUGGCUUCCUCCGAUAGGACAUCAUGCGCGAAUGCUUCUAUCACAUUUUUCAAACGCGGUCGCCCCAGUCAUGGUUGUCAUUGACGGUCUGAAGAAUGGAUAUCGAGAGUUCAUUCUACCAUUGGCAUGUCAAGACAAUCUCCUUCAGCGCGCUGUCGGAGUCGUUGCAGCCCAACAUCUCAGUCAAUCGCAGCCACAGCUCAAGAGUGCCGCUGAAAAGGGCCAAAAGGCCAUAAUUGACCGAUUGCAAAGAGAUGCAUUGAGCGGAACGUCGGUAUUUACCACAACCACCUGGAUAGCUCUCAUUGUUCUUCUCGUCGGAGAGACCAUAAAUCCAAGUUCGAGCUUUGCUCCGUUGCUGCGAAUGUUGCUGCUUACAGCUCAAAAUUGUAACGAGGAUACAAUUCCACGCGAAUUGCAUGACUUUUUGACUCAGCAAACCCACAUGUUUGAGAUUAUUGCGCGUCCACAACUCAGCGAGCAAGAAGGAGUAGAGAUUAUUUCCCAGUCGCUUUUCAAUCGCCUUGACUGGAUACCACACGAUUUCCCCCCUGGUUCGGAACAUAACCUAGCAGUCGAAAUAUCUCACAAGACUUUUGUGGAAGCAUUUCAAAUCUAUCUCGGACGCGCCAAGGGCGAUUCAACGAAUACACAUGCUUCAGUCAAGAAGCUGCGCAGCCUCGUAUCCCAACUAUCACCUUCCGCUCAUGGAGCCCAUGCCCUCGUCUGGCCUUGUUUCGUGGCAGCAAUCGAAAGCGUCGAUCCGGAUGACCGUGCCUUUUUUCUCCAGAGGCUGGCUCAGAUCCAUUCUAGAACAAGAUUUGGCAAUGUUCAAGCUGCGAUUGACUCGAUACCUCGAAUAUGCGAUUUGAAUGAGACUAGUAGCUGGACCUCGAGCCUCGCAGAUGCCCUUCCAGUCUUGAUCAUGUAG